AGUUUUUACAUUCAGGUGUGUGUUUGUCAGGUACGAGGCGCAAGAGCCCACAGACUACAAGUGGGGAGUUCCGGCCGGCGGCGGUAACUGGACAGGCAUCGUGGGCACUCUGCAGCACGAACUGGCAGACUUCUCCAUGGACUUGACACUGACGCCCGGGAGAGCAACGGCGGUGGAGUAUUCAAGGAUAUACAUUGACGAACUUGUUGUGAUUCUGACAUCCAAACCGAAACCCUUGCCUGAGUACUUGUCACUGAUCAGGCCGCUUGAAGGUGAGCUUGCACUAAUGGUACGUGUAUGUUUGGUGAGUAAUAAUUGUUAGCUGCAUUAAUAUAACUAUUCCCGGUGUCGGCAGGCGAGGUGUGGGGAGCCAUCGUGGUAUGCGUGAUGGUGUGGGGAACAGUCCUGUGGGUGAUGGAGAGACUGUCCCACUGGAUAACUGCACGGCGCUACUUCAGCUUCUCCUCCUCCAUCUUCUACGGCUGGGGGCUGCUGCUGGAGGACCACCCCUUCGAGCCUCCCUCCAAUCCCGCAAGUCAAGUAAGUACUGUACAACUAACAUUAAACAAACUUCUAAAGACAAUGCUGACAACCAUCUUGAUCUGAAUGACAGCAAGAUGUUUCAAGGAGAUCUAAUUUGUAUUAACGAAAAGAUUCACACGACACCGUAGGACUUACUAAGGCGCCUAUAGCUUCUUUAGAGUUGAUUAGAAGUUAGAAAAUUCAAAGAUUUCUUCACUUCAAGAAUAGCAUUAAUUUAUUCCAGAUCCUCGUUUCCAUGUGGCUACUCGUGUACCUGAUCCUAUCGACAGCCUACAGAAGUUCCCUCAUCUCCCAUCUGGUGGUGAAAGACAAGUCAUCGGUCAUCAACAAUAUGGAGCAGCUGGCGGAGAGGGGCGAGAAGGAAGGCUGGGAGUGGGGCAUUCCUGGACCCCGCAUGACUGGUGCUUAUGAAACCUUCUUCGUAACGAGUCCCACUCCAGCAAUCAUCAAGGUGCACAAAGCCCUUAAGAUAACCGACACAGAUGAAGCAAUGAAGAGAGUGUUGGAAGGCGGUUUCUCAUACAUCGACAACUAUUACUUCAUACAAACACUGGUGUCCACCUUCUACACAGACGACUCAGGCUACACCCCCGUCCACAUCAGCACCACCCACUACCCGCUCUUUGCCGGGAACGGAUGGGGAUUCCGCCCCGGUGCACCUUUCCGUCAGCGCUUCAGCAGUGCCAUUCAGCAGUUCAUAGACUCAGGUCUCAUCACCUACUGGAUGGAUGACGUGGUGAGGACCCACACUAGGGAGGAACGUCGAGCUUCAAAGGAGAAAGGCACACAGCUCCAGCUCACUUUCAAAGAAACAAGCGAUGGACUAGUGGCACUGAGACUCAGUCACCUGCAGGGUGCAUUCUAUGCACUCUUCCUAGGCCAAAGUGCGGCCUUCCUCGCCUUCCUCUGUGAGCGGCUCUCCAGACUACGCUGAUCUUAAUAUAAAACUAAUUCGUGUUUAUGUAAACCGGCACAAAAUUAAAAUUUACUUCAUAAUUACGAACGAAGAAAAUAAUUCCUCACAAAAGACUCUUCUUCAUAGUGUUGUGCAAAUUUUAAGAU